UAUGUGAUACUGUCCCAUACGUGGGGUGACGACGAGGUCACUUUUGACGACAUACAUCAGGAACAUGCGGAGAGCAUGCAGGGUUACAGCAAAAUUGUCAAAUGUGGUGAGCAAGCCAAUCACGAUGGAUACGAAUGGGUAUGGAUCGACACCUGCUGC